ACGUACGAGAAUUUACCAUCUCUGGGUGUGCAAGAAACAUGUGGUUUGCUCAUCCUCUUGCAGUGCUUGGUGAUCAAAUCUUCUCUGGAGAGACGGCAGAAGGGGCCACUUUUCUCCCUCUACUUGUACCUUAUCGGUGUACCUUCUGCUGCCAAUUUUUUCUUCAGGACUUCUCGAAAUCCGCUCUUUUUUCCAAUGCUAGUUCUUGGAGUCUGUUCUUAUACGGCAAUUUAGCCCUGACCAACUCAUUGGUUUUUCCAUUCACUCAUAUCCUCCGACAUUUCCCCCCUUCGCUCACUCCCCUCCCUUCGACGAACACGAUACGAUAUACCAUACCUAUUUGGCCAGCAUAGCUCAGAAACGCCAUCAUUACCGCUUUCCCCUUGGUCGGCAUUGGAAUUUUCUUGGGUGAAGAACCGCAGAAGAGAAUUCCACUAAAAUGUCUCCGUACCGUCUACUUGCACCUCAUAUAUCGUUCACUUCUAGUACCCUGGAUCUGCUCAAUCGGAAUGGAAACGGCCGAAAUGUGAAUCCUGAUGGUGGUGCGCAAUCUCGUUCGGACUCUAGCUGGAUUAAUCUUCCAGUUAGAAGUUUGACUCAACGAUCACCGCCUGUUGCUUCACCGCGACCAACUUUCUAUCGGCAGAGCUCUGCGCAGUCGUCGGAUAUGUUGCUGCCGCCGUCGAGACAGGGGAGGCCUGAUUGUAGUGUGGACCAUGGGGGUUCGGCUUAUGGGCCCUUUGUUUCGCCGUUCGAUGAACCUCGGGCCCGGCCUGGAGCUAGUUCUCAUGAUCCCAUGGAUACCUUCAAUUCGCGGACAAUCAGUGAGAAAUACAGCUUUAUGCCUUCAGAUGGACUGUUAUUGUUCCCCACUGACAGAGAGGAUGAUGACGCGCUUCACGAUCCCUUAGAGGAGGAUUCGAAUGAGUGUGAUAUAUGGGCGAGGAGAGGAUUGGUUAACGUUGGGGCUCUGGCGUUUAUUGUUUUGGGAUCGUUGUGUUUGUUUAUUGGGUACCCGGUUUUGUAUGCUGUCAACCCUUAGCGCUCUCUUCGAACUCGUACUAAUUGCUUGCUUUUGCAGGACGUUUGUGCAAGAUGCUAUUAUAGAGCCCGAGAGUCCUUGUAAUUCUGGAGGGUUAUGUGUCGGUAACGGCCCGAUAGACUUGUUAAAGAAUGUCCGCCAUUCGUUAAUUGAUCCGGAUACCCCCGAGAGUGCGAGAACAAAGAAGUCUACCUCCGGGAAAGAGUAUAAGCUUGUGGUCAGUGAAUUCGCCUCGAAGGGACACAAGAAGUGGGAUUAUGAGGCUGAGAUGGCGUAGUUUUCGGAUGAAUUUAAUAAACCUGGAAGGACAUUCUAUCCCCAGGAUGACCCAUAUUGGUGUGCCGUCUGAUGUAUCGUGAUCAAUAUUUCUUGCUGACUGGUUACACAGGGAAGCUGUUGAUCUUCAUUAGUGAGUGUAGCUGGAUGGUUAGCGUUCGUGGUUUCUUUAUUAACCUUGAUCCCGUAGCACUUCAACUGGUGAUUUGGAAUGGUACGAUCCAGAUGCUAUCACCACUAGAGAUGGAUAUCUCGAGAUCGAAUUCGCCGCCUUUAGGAAUCACGAUUUGGAUUUUCGCUCGGGGAUGCUGCAGAGUUGGAAUAAGAUGUGUUUCAAGGGUGGGGUCAUUGAAGGUAUUUUUCCCGAUUCCCUUUCCAUUGAGUUCUCUCUAAUACGGAGCGCAGCAAGUAUUUCCCUUCCUGGACGUGGUGACGUUUCUGGCUUCUGGCCGGGCUUCUGGACUAUGGGUAACCUGGGUCGCCCGGGAUAUCUUGCUUCUACUGAAGGAAUGUGGCCCUACACUUAUCAUGAUGGCUGCGAUGCCGGUAUCACGGCAAAUCAGUCAAGCCCUGAUGGUAUCAGUUUCCUCUCGGGGAUGAAACUUCCCGCGUGUACUUGUGCCGACGAGGAUCACCCGAGCCCUGGAAAAUCUAGAUCUGCCCCUGAAAUAGAUGCUAUUGAAGCAAGUGCUGGAGCUAUAGACAAGGAGGGAAAGAUCAUUGUUGGGUCGGCUUCUCAGUCGGCUCAAGUCGCACCUUUCGAUCUGUGGUAUCAGCCGGAUUACGACCAUGUUGCCGUCUAUCACCCCGAGUUUACUUCCAUGAAUACAUAUCGUGGUGGGUUCCUCCAGGAAGCCAUAUCUGGUAUUACUAUUUUGAAUAAUGACUGGUACGAUGGGAAGCAGUAUCAAACGUAUGGGUUUGAGUAUGAGCCGGGCAGUGAGGGGAUGAUUGAAUGGAAUAUCGGGGAUUUGAAGACAUGGAGGAUGAAUGCCGCUGCUACUGGGCCCAACGGCAAUAUCGGGCAGCGACCAAUCUCAAAUGAGCCCAUGGCCGUUAUUUUCAACGUGGGGAUGGGAUCUUGGUCCGCGCACAAUGAUAUUCCCGAGAUCAACAAGUUACUCCCGGCGAAAAUGAGGGUUGAUUGGUACGUGAUUUCUUAGUGUUGUGGGUUUUUAGCUUACUCAUUUUUCCCACUAGGAUCCGUAUUUGGCAGGAUGAGGAUUGCGAAGACUGCUCCAUUACUUGUGAUCCGCCUGGAUACCCUACAACGGGGUAUAUCGAGGAUCACCUUGAAGCAUUUACGGACCCGAAUCUGACAAACUGGGCCUCGGCGAAGUAUGAGUGGCCGAGAAACUCAUUUACAAAUCAAUGCGCAUGAUUAACUUAUCCCCUCUUCCCUCUUUCCUCGCCUUUUCUCCCAUCUGUUGUGAUUACUUUUUUCAGUCUUAUUGCAUCCUAGAAAAGCAUUUCAUCGCCUUAUAAUAUUACACCCUUUCACCUUUUUUUUCUCUCUUCUCGUGGUGGGCUUUUAUUUUCUUUCCUAGACGGUGCAGGACUUUUGCUUACUAUAGUUCCUUGUUUAUAUGUAUAUAUACACGAUAUUUGUUUAUAUCAUAGCGAAUGGGUUAGAUGUCUGCAUGUGUGGAAUGGGUGAAAAUGGCUUGGCGUUGGUAAGGCGGGGAAAAGCAAAGGAGGGAAAGGAAAGGAACGGAAAGGAAGGAGGGAUGGGAUAUGGUAUGCUAGGAAGGGUUAGCUGGUUUCCAUUUCUUUCGGGGAGGCGGAUUGUGCAAUGGUUUUCCAUGUAUAUACUUAGGGCCUGUUUGGUUUAUGAUGGUUCCGCACAGGACCGUUCCGUUGU